AUGUUCUACCUCACACGCCGUAUACCCAUCACAAUCCAACCUUUUACAAGACGUCUCUCCACCACCUCCCAAGAAGCCUACCUCGAGCCCUCAACCAUCCCAGGUGUCACAUGUCUAGUACUCAACAAGCCCAAGACAUAUAACGCCAUAUCGCGUCUCAUGCUCCGGAACAUCCGUGAGAGCUUGGAAGCAGUGCGACAGGAUCCGAGUACCCGCCUGCUUAUCCUCCGUUCUGCAUCUCCUCGGAUGUUCUGUGCCGGCGCAGACCUAGCAGAAAGACGUAGUAUGACACCCCGAGAUGUGCACCUCUUCCUGUCCACCGGGCGGGAGACACUUGGUGUCCUCGAGGAACUGGAGUGCCCGACGAUCGCCGCUAUCGACGGCCCUGCUCUCGGUGGAGGUCUCGAGCUCGCACUAGUGUGCGAUUUCCGUAUAGCCCGCAAUGAAGCCAAAAACAUCGGGCUGCCCGAAACGGCGCUCGGUAUCAUCCCUGGCUUUGGGGGCACACAGCGGUUAGCCCGCUUGCUGGGGAUCACAAAGGCUAAAGAGCUUGUCUUCACUGCGCGGAAAAUGAGUGCCCGGGAGGCGCAUGCUUACGGGGUUGUGGACCAUCUUUCCGAAGCCGGGCAAACGGGAUAUGAAAGGUCCCUCCUGCUGGCAGAGGAGAUAGUCAAGAACGCACCCCUAGCACUCCAAGCUGCAAAACGCUCCAUCUCGCGUUCACCCGAGCUCUCCCUCUCCUCCGGACUUGACUUUGAGCGAGCGUGUUAUGAGCCUCUUUUAGGGUCGAAGGAUCGACUGGAAGGGUUGGAGGCUUUCAAGGAGGGGAGAAGGCCGGUGUAUAAAGGAGAGUAGAAGUUUCAUUGAUUGGAGUGUAUGCCUCGUGACAGAGAUAGAAUAUCGCCGGUCGGUGGUUUUAGCAGGCGCAUACAGUCCAGGGAUACCCGGAGCUAGCAAGUGGCUGGUAGCUCACAUCCACAUCGGACCACCACACCAGAAGACCGACCUCCCUCUCAGCGUGCCUGCGUUGCAUAUCGCAUGCUGUGAUGCAACACAACACAUCUCAAGAAACAUGUACCAUAGAGCUACAAGAUGUACCUUUUUUUACUAGAUGUCCUUGUUGCCAGCACGCUCGCAAGUGACCGCAUGACCCUCGACCCCUAUCACAUGGCACAACCCCUCGCAUCCAGACUUGAGGUCCGUGCCUGCCAAAUACGGCGGGUCGCAUGCUUGAUAAACAGCGACAGCGAUAGGGAUAGAGAUAGGAUCAAUUGGAGUCGGUGAACCGGAGGACGAAGUUAGUGAUAAUGGCCGCGAGCAAGAAGACACAGAGUAUUGUGGGUCCGAGACGGUCAUCGUAUGGUCCUCCGGCGCGUUUGCGGAUCGCAGCUGCACGCCAGUGGUAAACGGAGAGGGCAUAAAUCAUUAUUGAUACGGCCACAACACUGAAUAACCCCGCGCUGAUCUUGCCCACUCUAUCGCCAAAAUUGAGCAAGCCGACGGCCAACCCGCCCAAGACGACGGAGAAGUUGAGCCAGGACAAGAAAGUGCGCUCAUUUGCGAAGAACACUUUUGGCUCGACGCGGAUUGGGAGUGCGAUGCGCUUUUGGGCGGUGCGUUGGAGGAGGGGUUGGGUGGAC